AUGAUAGGUUUAUUGUUUGUUUUUAGUGUAUUAUUGUCAUUUUCUGUUGGGUAUAUUUUUCCAUUUUCAACGUCAAACGGACCUACGGUGAAUGACACUUUACAACAUGCCAUCCGAUCGCAACGUGAUGUAUCUAAACCGAUUCCAAUAGAUCGAGUUGAGUUUUCCGGAGUUUCUUUGAGUUCAUUUUUUGAGUCUGAAGGAUACAGUAGUGAUUCAUUAUCCAAUUUAUAUGGUUUGCUAAAAGAAAACAUCGCUGGAGUGAUGAUUGAUUUAUAUUGGAAUGAAUUCACUUCAAAAUGGCAACUAUGUCCAGCUCCAUUCCCCAACAAUAUAACAUACACUAGUAGUAAUCGAGUUGUUGAUGUGCUGUGGAACAAUAGAACAUAUAAAUGUGAUCCUAAUCUUUCAACUGAUGACAUCAUGUCAAUUCUUAAUAAUUUCAUUCGUGAUACCAAUACUGAUGUCGAAGCCAAUUUCAUGCAUGUCAUGUAUAAUUUAAAGUCGAUUCAUUAUAAAAAAUCAAAUCAAACGAUUAAUUUGGAAAACGCAUAUAAGGAAAAGAAUUCAAAUUUCAAUGUUGGAAUGGACACUUUAAAUGAUACUGUGAGCUUAUUAAGUUCAUAUAUUUUCACCCCUUUACUCUUAGAACAGUAUCAAAGCUCGUCAAGUAAAAAUGCCAAUUCAAGUUCAAGUAUUCGUUACAUUGAUAGUCUUAAUGAAACACAAGCUAUACAAAAGUUCUAUAAUCAAUCGACGAUACUUAUGCCUUCUUUACAAACCACUUUAUUAACACAAUACAAGAGAUUAAUGGUUCAUGUCAUAUCCAAUGAUAUGGCAGAAUCUAGUCGAUCUUAUCAAAUCAGUUUUAGUGAUAAAGAAACGAUAUUUUUCAAUAACGUAUUUCCAGCUAUGAUUGGCCACACAAAUAAUGCUCUGGCAGAUGACUUUUGCUAUGAGUUAACUCAUGCAUACAAUGGGACGGAUGUAAAUAUUAUGGAAUUCAAUAGAGUACUGUUGAAUUCAACCCUAAGACUUAUUAUCGACAAUGAUAAAACUCCGUUCACAACAGAUAGUUUAUCAAAAUACGUGAGAUGUGGAUAUUGUCCUGUAUUCAACAGCACCCAGUACUCAUCACAGAAAGUAACGGAAGGUAAUAGUCUGAUUAUCAGUCAAGAAUUUACAUCUAAUCUUUUUUGGUCGUGGGCACCAGGACAACCUUCUGGUCCCGAUAACUGUACAAAUUGCACACGCCCUGUAACCAACUACACCUCCAAGUAUAGUGAAGCCAGUAAUGGUGGCAGUGAUGAAGAAGAGCAUAGCAAUAAUAUUGCAUAUAAAUGUGUUGCAUUGACAGAAAAUGGUUGGGAAGUUUCUAAUUGUUAUGAAAAAUAUUUAUUUGCAUGUCAGAAUAAAUUGUCAAGAAAUGAAUGGAAAUUAGAUAAUUACACCAAGAGAAAUUAUUUUGAUCUUGAUGAUGAUGAUUGUCCUGAAGGAUAUUUUUUCAGCUUACCUCGACUGAAUAUUGAGAUGCUUUCAUUAAUGACGACUGUUAAACAAGAAAAUGUGAGUUAUCCAAUUUGGAUUGAUUUGAAUGAUAUUACUGUGGAAAAUUGUUUUGUUUCUGGUGGACCUUACGCUCAAUGUCCUUACCAAGAAACUGUAACUACUGAUAAAUUUGUCCGUAUGAUUGCUCCUAGUUUUGUUGUGGCAAUGGUGGUUUUAGUUUUAAUAUUUCUUGAAAAAGUGUUUCGUAAAACACCAAUCCAAACUAAUAGGAAACGAUAUUGGAAAAAGGCAAUACAAGAAUAUUAUGCUAAGAAUGAUUAUGAAGGUGUGCCGUCAUAA